AACACAUGUUGAAGUUUUGUUUUCUUUUUUGAUCGAAGUCUUCUUAAAACUUGAUUUAUGGUGUAUUGAAAAAUUGAUUGUUGAUUAUAUAAACUGUUUUUAUUAGCCUUGACAUUGUAUAUCAAAAUAAAUGACUGAUACUAUAGUAUUCCCUGGUUUCUCAAUCAAAUCAUUAAUCGAUGAAGAGAAUGAAGCAAAGGAUAAAAAGAUCGUCAUCGGACCAGGAUUAAAACGGCAAAUUAAUGAUGUGAGAGCCAUUAAAUGUGGCAUACUUAGGAGUCGAACUAGUAAUAAUCUAAUUGUUUACUGGAUUGAUUCUCAUCAGAAACGAUAUGUCGCUGUUCGUGGUGAACGAGUAAUUGGUGUUGUUGUUGGUAAAGGAGCUAUGAGUGUUAAUGUUGAUAUUGGUACCAGCGAACUUGCCUCACUUUCCCUUUUAGCUUUUGAAAGUGCCACUAAAAGAAAUCGUCCAAACAUUCAGCUUGGCGAUCUUGUUUAUGCACGAAUACUUUCUGCUAACAAAGAUAUGAAGACUGAAUUAAUUUGUGUUACGAGUCAAAUGAAAAAAGACGGUCUUGGAGUACUUCCCCAAGGAGGAUUCAUGAUCAGUGUUCCAUUAAGAGUCUGCAGAAGACUCCUAUCACCAGGUUGUAAAUUAAUAGAAAUUUUAGGAUCUAAGUUCAAAUAUGAGAUAACUGUUGGUCUGAAUGGCAGAAUCUGGAUUCGAUCACCAUCUAUUACGGAAACAAUUUAUAUUGUUAACACUUUUCUAUCCGUGGAAGAUAAAGAUGAACAAGGAAUGUUGGACUUGUAUAAGCAGAUAACUGAUAAAUUCCAAGUUGUUCGAAAAAAAUAAACAUUCAUAAUUUAUUUUUCCUGA